UUUUCCGGAUGCAGAGGCGGAAGAGCGACUCUUUUAUACUCUUUCCAUUGCUUCCUCGACUCGUUUAUUUUGACUCCAUCGGCUUAAUGCUCUCGGGAACUUCUGAAUCUUCUUCUCUAUCGUCCGUCCGUCCUGAUUUGCUCGGAACGAUAUUUUCCGGUUGAAUUUGGAGGCAGUUUUCCCGAUCUUCGUUUCCUGUAAUUUCGUGCCGUUCUCAGCAGGUUAGUCCUUCUGUAUAUUAAAUAGCCAACAGCUUCGAGACCUAGUGCUGCAGUGAACAAGUAGGUACCCCUCUCUCUCUCUCUCUCUGUGUGUGUGUGUGUGUGUGGAUUGUGUAAGUCCCUCUUGUGCAGUGCCUUAUGGAAACUUUGUCAAGGUUGGUUUCUCAGUUGGCUAGACAAUCCCAUACUGGAAGUAGUACCGAGGGUCAGAUGGAAGCAUUUUGUGCACUCUGCAGGAGAGCCUUUACAGAGGAUAAUGAAAUGAUGGAGGGACAUAAGCCAAUGUCUCUCUGUCAUGAUUGCAGGGCUGUCUUUGUUGAAGAUUUCGAUCCAGAUGUGCACUGGACAAGGCACCAUAGGAGAAGAUCUAGACACCAGAGUUCUGGUUCUGUCAGGGAUCUGUUGUCACAACAAUUCUCACAAUUAAUUAAUCGAGUAAGACAGAAUCUUCAUGGUCUAUCAGCUUUUGGGGUAGAAGAUGGAUAUGGACAAGAUACUGAUACUGUAAGUACGGUGCUGGCAGAUGCUGCUCCACAUACUGAUGUUGAUUCUAUUUUUGGUGGGAGUGAUACUAAUGCCAGCAUAAGUGGAUAUGGUGCUUUUCCAGGUGACAUUGAUGCUGUUUCUUUCAACGGUUAUGGGUUGAACUCAGAUGCAUUUUUUGAUGAGCAAAGUUUGGUAGACAGAGAAGUGUUUUUGCAUGGGGAUGAUCACAGCCAUAUAGACAGUGACACAGACAUUGACCCAAUGCAUGCUGGUCUUGACAAUUGGAAUUCAAAUUGUGAGGAGGAUGAAGAUGAUGAAGAGGGAGAUUGGAUAGCAGCUGAUGCAGAGUUGGAGGCGGUUUGGGGAACCAAUGGUUGGGUCCAUUUGGAUACUAGAACCAGUGAAGGAAAUGAACAUGCUCAUCUGCAUCAGGGUGGUCCUCCACUGGAAAACCAUCACAGAAAUCUCUGGAGAAGAGACGAUUCCACGCAUAAUCUUGCACACUACAGACAUGCAUAUAUUUCUGAUACAUUUCUAGAUUUUGAGAACACAAAUGCACUGACUUUUGUUGGAAAUUCUGAUGAUUAUCUUGAUGAAAGAGGGUUUGAGGAAUUAUUUGAUCACCUUGCUGAAACUGAGAACUUAACGAGAGGUGCUCCUCCAGCAGCGCAGUCAGUUAUUAACAGUUUACCUCGGGUUAUUAUCGGUGAGGCACAUGAGGAACAUGGAAUUGUCAUCUGUGCUGUAUGUAAAGAUCCUCUUGUCAAUGGGACUGAGGCAAACCAACUUCCAUGCAUGCAUUUGUACCAUCCCUCCUGUGUUUUGCCUUGGCUGAGUACUAGGAAUACAUGUCCUGUUUGCCGAUAUGAAUUGCUAACUGAUGACAAGGACUAUGAGGAGGGAAAGCGUAUCACAAGAAUUGGAAUGCCAGUUCAUGAGCUUCAACAGAUGGAUUCAAGUGAAGACAGUUCUUCAGACAGCUCUGAUGAUUUGGACGUGGAUGAAAGAAACAGCCUGCUAUGGCAACCUCAUGUUGAUGGACUUAUUAUAGCUGACGAUGAUGAGCAGAUUGGCAGUGAAGUAAUUGGUCCGGGGGUGGAGCGAACAAACGUAACUGACAAUAUUUUCAUGUCUGAUGGCUUUGUUACUGAUCGCCCAUCAAGAAGGGGCUGGCUAAUCCUUGCUGCCGCUCCAAUUGUUAGCAUUCUGGGUAUGGUCCUAGUCCUAUGGUUUGGGGACCCCUUUUCAGAAGGGAGGCUGAAUAGAAUCAUCAGGCUCAAUGGAUGCAUCAGUGAACAGGAUCUGCAGCAGCUUAAUUGAUCUCCUGCUGGAUUCCUAGAUGAAGGGAGCAGGAAUAGGAGUUGGUGGCGUUUCUUCUGAACGAGGCAAGUUUGUGGUUUAGGAGGUUUUGUAACAUUGAAGAAAGUUUACAUGUUUAUUCCUUAUUAUCCUUUUCUGAAUAUGAUGCCUUUGAAUCAACCGUCCUGGUUUAUUCAACAACUGGUCACAUACCGACCUUUAUACAAAUUUCUUUUAUGAGUCUCUUGGACUUUGUUAAAUAUUUAAUGUAGUUUUCAGAGCAGUUUCUUGCUCAUGCAACUUGGCAUGUCACGCUUUUAUUUUUUUUGGAUACACGAGACAUCUCUUUUGUC